CACCACUGCGUGCUCCACUCGUGUUAGAUGCAGAAGUGUGACUAAACUUGUCUUUUUAAAGAGAUUUGCUCUUUCUUUGUGUUUUAUAUAUUUCAAGUUUGCUCUAGUGUUUUGUCCAUAGACCGAUGAGAAGUUUGGGGAGACGCUAGAGAGCGAUAUUGACCGUUAUCGCCCCCGCCAUGGAGGAUUCUAGCAGAGGUGGUAGUUCAUCAGGUGGACUGGAGGGUUUGGAGGAGCAGCUGAAGGGUCUGAGCGUGAGCCGGAGGUCUCCGGGGAAGGGGCCCACCUACCUGCUGCACGCGGCCCUGCAGCCGGCGGGCCUGCUGGCCGUGUCCUGCUCCGACCGGGCCCUGCACCUGCACCAGCGGGAGACGCUGGCCCCCGCGGGCGAGUACCAGGGUCACACGGGGCCCAUCUGCGGCCUGAAGUUCGCCCACGCGUCCCCCGCCCUCCUCUACUCCGGCUCGGCCGACGGCUCGGUGCGGGCGUGGGACGUGCGGCGCCCCGGCACCGAGGCCGUGCAGGCCUUCAGCAGCGACCCGGCCCACUCCUACCUCAGCUUUGACCUGAGCUGCAGCGACGUGCUGCUGUGUGCCGGCACGGAGCAGCUCAGCAACCAGGACAGCUUCCUGGUGUUCUGGGACUGCAGGAAGCCCGGGGCCGGGCCCCUGGGCGUGUACUCGGAGUCCCACAGCGAUGACAUCACGCAGGUGUGCUUCCACCCGCGGGACAGGGAGCGUCUGGCGUCGGGCUCCGCGGACGGCCUGGUGAACGUGUUCGACCUGCGGCGGGGGGCCGAGGACGACGCCCUGCUGCUCACCUGCAACAGCGACUCGGGGGUGGGCUCGGUGUGCUGGGCCGGCCCGGACCUGCAGCAGCUGCUGUGCCUGGGCAGCGCGGGGGGGCUGCACCUGUGGGACCUGGGCCGGGUCAGCACGGACCAGCCCCUGGCGCUGUUCAGCAGCGGGGACGCCCGCGGGGCCGGCCUGGACUACCUGGUGGGGGGGCAGUGGCUGGAGCAGGCCCGGAGGCUGCUGGUGGUGGGGGGGGGGCACCGGGGGGACCUCCACCUGCUGGAGUGUGACGCCCGGGGGCUCCGCCCGCUCAGCACCCUGGGGGGGGGGCACAGCUCCGUGGUGCGCUGCUUCCUGUGGGACGCGGCGGGGGGGGCCCUGGUCACCGGGGGGGAGGACGCCCAGCUGCUGCUGUGGAAACCGGGCGGAACAGAGCUCACCCCGGGGAGGACGGAGUCCAGGAAGAGCCAGUCGGCUCUGAGGGUCAAGGCCAAGCCGCACCAGCAGCACCAGUACCAGAAACAUGAGUACCAGAAACACCAGGACCAGAAACAUGAGUACCAGCGAGGGAAGAGGAGCUGAGGAGCUGGAGCUGGAGCUGGCGCAGCGGCGGAGGUGACGGUGCGCACCUGCCUCCUCCUCCUCCUCCUCCUUCUUCUUCUUGUAAGGAACACAGGACUGGGGGUUUGUCAGCUCGGACCCGGCCCAGACUGAACCUGAUGAUGACGGAUGUUCCUGUUGCCGUGUUAAAGCAGCACAACGUAACUUUCAGCUUUUCUGAGUUUGGCGGCAUCUUUUGGACAAAAGCGGUAGUGUUUUACCAGAAAGAACACUACAUUUCCCAUGAGCACCAGCGCGUACUGCCGGAAAACUCCUGUCCCGUCGCUGCAUUUGUUUUGAGAGAAGACGGGACGCUUUUCUGUUUCACCAAGUGAACAGACGGAAUGCAAAAAAAAAGAUGUUAAACUGCUGGAAAUGAACUGGAAUUUACCGGGAUACCUUAAACAAGGAAGCCAGGGAGCGGUAUAUGGAGAAAAUAAUGAUUAUUAACGGUCUGGAUCCAUAUGAAAUCCCUACUGAAGAGUGGAGCUCCUCGUCGGAGCUGCACUCUUUAGAAGGACUUACUGCCGCAGUUCUGCACAACCACCGUCUCCGGCUACCUUGUUUAGGAGUGUUUGGCAGCUGCUUUGGUAAAUGUUUGACUCGCCAUGUGUUUCAAUAAAUGAGUAUAAUAGAUCAGCAUUAAAAACUGUGGGAUUUUCUAUAAUUAUAAUUAUUAUUAUUAUUAUUAUUAUUAUAAUAUUAAAACGUCAUUUUCGAAAAAAUAAAAUGGAAAUUGUAAAUUACCUUUUAAUAUGAGUAUUUCUAUCAAUGUGUUUUUAUUAAAAGAGAGAAAUGAUCUCUCUCGGUUCUUGUGACUGCCCCAUUGUGUAAAUGUUUCUAUUGUUUCCCCGGAAUGUGUGACUGACUGUCUGUUUGUAUGUAUUGUUGUAUUGUUGUGAUGCUGCCAUUUUGGCCAGGUCACUCUUGAAAGAGGUUUUAAUCUCAAUGAGUUUUUUACCUGGUUAAAUAAAGGAUAUAUAUAUUA